AUGAGCAGAGGGUAUGCGUUCUCGGAGGACGGGCAGACCCUGGCCUAUGGCACCAGUGCCAGUGGCUCUGAUUGGGUGGAGAUCCACUUCCUGCGUGUGGACGGAGCGAUCCCAUUGGACGACCAUCUGAAGAGAGUGAAGUUCAGCUGCAUGUCCUGGACCCACGACGGGAAGGGGCUGUUCUACAACUGUUACCCCGAGCAGGAGGGCAAGAGCGACGGCACCGAGACGUCCACAAACCUGUUCCAGAAACUGUACUACCACGUCCUGGGGACGCCUCAGUCUGAGGACGUGCUCUGUGCGGAGUUCAACGACCACCCCAAGUGGAUGAGUGGAGCUGAGGUGUCGGACGAUGGGCGGUACGUGCUGCUGUCAAUCAGAGAGGGCUGUGAUCCUGUCAACAGACUCUGGUACUGCGACCUGGGACCCAAACCUGAGGGCAUCACUGGCCUGUUGCCGUGGGUGAAGCUCAUCGAUAACUUUGACGCCGAGUACGAGUACGUGACCAACGAGGACACGGUCUUCACCUUCAAGACCAACCUCCAUGCGCCGCGCUACCGCCUCAUCAACGUGGACUUCAGCAGUCCCCAACCCGGCCACUGGAGGGAGCUCAUCCCCCAGCACAACAAGGACGUCAUCGUCUUUGCCACGUGCGCACACUCCAGCCUCCUGUUCGUGUGUUUCCUCCACGAUGUGAAGAACGUGUUGAAGAUGUUCCAGCUCAGCUCCGGGGACGAGCUGCGAACCUUUCCCCUGGACGUGGGCUCCGUGGUCGGCUUCACGGGACGCAAGACGGACUCGGAGAUCUUCUACUACUUCACCUCCUUCCUCUCUCCAGGUGAGCCCUCAUCUUCCUCAUCCUCAUCUUCCUCAUCGUCAUCCUCCCUCAUCGUCAUCCUCCCUCAUCGUCAUCCUCCCUCAUCGUCAUCCUCCCUCAUCCUCAGUCUCCCUCAUCCUCCCUCAUCCUCCCUCAUCCUCAUCCUCCCUCAUCGUCAUUCUCCCUCAUCGUCAUUCUCCCUCAUCGUCAUUCUCCCUCAUCCUCAUCUCCCUCAUCCUCCCUCAUCCUCAGUCUCCCUCAUCCUCCCUCAUCGUCAUUCUCCCUCAUCCUCCCUCAUCCUCAUCCUCCCUCAUCGUCAUUCUCCCUCAUCGUCAUUCUCCCUCAUCCUCAUCUCCCUCAUCCUCAUCCUCCCUCAUCCUCAGUCUCCCUCAUCCUCAUCCUCCUUCAUCGUCAUUCUCCCUCAUCCUCAUCCUCCCUCAUCCUCAUCUCCCUCAUCGUCAUCCUCCCUCAUCAUCAUCCUCCCUCAUCCUCAUCCUCCCUCAUCGUCAUUCUCCCUCAUCCUCAUCCUCCCUCAUCUUCAUCCUCCCUCAUCCUCAUCCUCCCUCAUCCUCAUCCUCCCUCAUCCUCCCUCAUCCUCAUCCUCCCUCAUCCUCCCUCAUCCUCAUCCUCCCUCAUCCUCCCUCAUCCUCAUCCUCCCUCAUCCUCAUUCUCCCUCAUCCUCCCUCAUCCUCAUCCUCCCUCAUCCUCCUCAUCCUCCCUCAUCCUCAUCUCCCUCAUCCUCCCUCAUCCUCAUCCUCCCUCAUCCUCCCUCAUCCUCAUCCUCCCUCAUCCUCAUCUCCCUCAUCACAGUAAUCCUGGAUGUUUCCCUUCCCAUAAAAUAG